GGAUAAAAUGUCGUAUGGAUGACAUUUUUCUUCUUGGAAUUCUUCGUGCUAGAAAAUAUGACAUGCAAAGAUCGUUGAAAAUGCUGAAGAAUUAUUAUGAAGUGAGAAUACAGUAUCCUCAGUACUUUAAAGAUUUACUUCCUUCUAAAUUGGAACAUGUUUUAUCACUGAAUGGUAUUCAAAUCUUACCAAAACCAGAUAGUAAAGGAAGAUUCAUUUAUUUCUUUCAGGGUGGUAAAUGGGAUACUUCUGUUGCAAAUGUAAUGGAUGUAUUUCGUGCUGGAAUGCUCAUCUUAGAUCUGAUGUUAAAUUUUCAUCGAACUCAAGAGAAUUGUAUCGUUAUGAUUGUGGAUGCUGGGAGAAUAACACUAUCACAUUUUCUUCAGUUGUCACCAAGUUUUAUCAAUUCAAUGGUGAACAUUUUAUUGAAAGAUACUUAUCCACUUCGAUACAAGGAAAUACAUUAUGUCAACAUGAAUAUCAUAUUAAAAGCAAUUUUAACUAUGCUAUUUCCACUUUUACCAACUAAACUGAAGAAAAGAUUGCACUUUCAUUCUGACAUGUCUACUUUGCACGAAUUCAUUCAUCCGGAUUUUUUGCCUUUGGAAUUGGGAGGUAAUUUGCCUUCCGAUUCGAGUAAAUUCAAUAAUAUGAUUAGAGCCAAUGAAGAAUUCUUUCGCAAAAACGAAGAAUAUUUGAGAUUGUACGAAGAGGAAAGAAAUAAGCACUUCAGUCAAGGCAAAUUUACGUAUAUUGGUGAAGAUUUUGAAGACGAAAAAGUUAAGAAGUUUCUAGAGAAAUCGGAAGAGAAAUUUAAAUGUUAUUCCGAUGAUCCAGAAGCAUUUAUGGCUUCUCUGAAACAAGAUUCAGAAUUGGAAAUUACACAUUUUUGAAUAACAUACAAUUAUGUUAUUAUUUACCAGGAAAGAAACUACUAAACUAGAAAAUUUAUUAAAUUUAGCAUGUAUUUUCGGUUAUAUAAAUAUUGUAUACUGAAAUAAAACUUCACCUUCGACCUUCAUUUCAGCACAGAUUAUUUAGGGAAAAAAGGGGUUACCGAUAUUGUACUGAA